AUGUCGAGACCACGCUCAGACUCUGUUGAUUCCAACGCCAGCGUUGACGAGUUUGGCAGAGCCAAAAGAAAGUCGUCGGGCGGCCCGCGGCGCAGCGAAGACGCCGGUGCGGGCGAAUCGGCCCGCCGCCCGCCCCACUCGGACUCCGAGAACAGCUCGGACGAGUCCCGGUCGCACUCCCGGUUCCGCAACCAUCGCCAAGAGGACGACGGCUCGUACUCGCGACGUCGGAGUCGCAGCCCGGGCUCGUCUCGCUCGGGAUACCGGUCGAGCGACCGCCGUUCGCGGAGCCCGAGCUAUCGCUUACCGAGGAGCAGCGGCUCGCUAUCGUCAUACAAGUCGAGCUCGAACCGCAACGAUCGAUACCGGUCGUCCUACUCGUCGUCGUCAUCGCGCCCUGGCGGAUAUCGAUACAGAAACGACCCGGCUCCAUCCUAUCGAGGAGAUCGUGAGGGCAAGAAAUACUGGGAGGCCUCGACCUAUCUCGAGACCGAGUUUUAUCAGAACACCAUUUACCUCGGCGAUCUACCAGCAAACACCGACGAGGAACAAGUCCGAACGAUAUUUUCCAAAGUUGGGAUCGUCAAGGAGGUUCGCCUGUUUACGGGCAAGAGCUAUGGUUUCGUCACGUACGAGACAGGACAGUCGGUCAUCGAUGCCAUUCGAGAGUUUGACAACACAUCCAUCGCCGGACCUGAAACCAACCCGAUACGGGUGGGACGGGCAAAGAUUCCCGAGCGAAACCGAAACGGCCUGGGUAACCAGCCCUGGUACGAUGUCGAUGCUGUCUAUAGUGGCCGCGUGCCCGAGGAACCAUACCAAGACGAUGCCCAGAACAUUGAAGACGACGACGAUGCAAGAGCCUCGACAAAGAACGAGGACACUGAUGAGAGCGAUCCGUUUGCGAUUGCCCUGAAAGCAUACCAGGAUCUCAGCCACGGCCAUCGGCGGUAG